AUGUCAGCGGCAGUGCCCCCGUUUCACCCCCGGAUUAAGUCGUGCAACAACCUGCUGCUUCCAAACUGCACCCCACACCCAUUUAGAAUCAGUACCACAUCUUUACCACCAAGAAUGUCGGUCACCAAUACCCAAAUGAACAAUAUUGUUCUCGAAUACUUUGUUCAGGAGGGCUACCAGCGUGCUGCUGAGACAUUUGCAAAGGAAAAUGGUAUUGAUUUAGUCGUUUCUCAACUUGGUUAUCAUCAAACAGGCCUUCAAUUUGGCAAUUAUAAUGGUGAUGAGUUCGCUGAUAAAGUUCAAGAGUAUCUCCAGAAGCGUAUUUCAGACGGACCUCGAGGCAGCGUUGAUGAAACCGAGUUGGUUCAACCCCCUUUUAAAAUUCGCAAAGGAUAUGCUACGAUAAGACAACGAAAAAAGAUUAAAAAUUCAAUUCUUGAAGGCAAUAUAACUGGUGCUAUCCAGGAGAUUAUUGACCACUUCCCCACCGUGCUUGACUCCAACAAUUUAUUGCACUUCAAGCUUCUCAAACUCAACCUCAUUGAGAUGAUUCGCAGUCAUAAACUCAACCCUCAUAUUACACCAGAUCAAGAACGAGAGUUUUUGGAUAAAGUGCUCCUGUUUGUUCGUGAAAACCUUAUAAACAAAGUUGCUAACUCUGGUAGUUUACUCAAAGAACUCGAAGUGACGAUGAGUCUUCUCUGUUUCGAUUUCCCCGUCGAUGGACUCGAAACACUUCCAAAUGAACUCCGCAGUCUUUUGGAUAUAUCCUUACGAAAGGACUGCUGGAAGCUCGUUAACCUGGUGAUAUUAAACUUGGGCACCAGCGAUCUAGAAUCAAGAUUGACUACACUCUCAACUUAUCCACAAUUUGACUUUUCCAAUUACAAGUCCGUCAUUCUGCAAUCGAUGCCACGUGGUAAUGGUGUUGACCUUAGUCUGCAUUAUCUGAUCAAUUACGACUAUAGCGUGCCUCGUUCUGAAAACCAAUGCAUAAGUAGCGGAGACAAGACUCCCAAUGACGAAGCAGACGAAUCGAGAGAAGAAGUGGUUAUUCCUCCUGUUCUCGAAUCGCGACUCGAACGGUUAGCACGGUUUUGUGUGGUGACAAAGCAACAACUCGACUGGUAG